AUGGCGACUUCUAGGAAUGUCACUCCCUCAAACCAUAUGACAAGUGAUCCGACAAGAUCCGAGCGGUCUCUCUCCCAAAUAAAUUACGACAAUAGCGGCGGGCAAGACAUCGAGUCGAAAGCCCUUAAGAAGGUUGAUGGAUCUGUCUUGCCUCUCCUGUUCCUUGGGCUGCUUGUCUUUCAGCUUGACCGCAUGAAUCUCGCCAGCGCAUUAACCGACGGAUUUGCUACUGAUAUUGGCGUCAACCAAGAGACUAUAAACCUCGGUAACCAGCUCAUGUUCAUGGGCAUCGUGGUGCUGGAGAUUCCAUGUAAUAUGGCGCUUCAGCGUAUUGGUCCUCGCAAAUGGAUUUCUGCUCAGGUGUUCAUCUUUGGCUUAGUUGCUACACUUCAGGUGCUUAUUACAAAUCGAGGAGGAUUUAUAGCCACACGUCUCGUCCUUGGCUUUGCUGAAGCUGGGUAUAUCCCCGGAGCGGUAUAUACUCUCUCAACAUGGUAUACCAAGCGAGAACUGGCUAAGCGGGUUGCUGUGCUCUUCUUUGGCAUGUUCGGCGGUAAUGCUAUCAGUCCUCUUCUCUCAUCCGGCAUCCUUAAACUCGGCCGGGUCCAAGGCAUCCACGGAUGGCAAUGGCUCUUUAUGCUUGAGGGUCUUUUUACCGUGGUCGUCUCUUUUUUACUUCUUUUCUUCCUCCCUGGUAGUCCGGAUAUACCGAAGCCGCUUCUUGGACCAGGCAUUAUUCGCUUCUCACGCAACGACCAGCUCGCGCUUCAGGCACGGCUUGAGAACGAUGAUCAUCUUGGCAAACGGCCAGGUGUUCAGGGGGUUCCCAUUGACUGGAACCUUGUCUGGAGAACAGUCUCAAACUGGCGAAGGUGGCCACACUACGUGUCUACGUUUGCCGUGUUUUCAACAUGGUCGCCUCUGACGACUUAUACCCCGUCCAUCAUGGUCUCUCUAGGGUUUGACCGCACUGCAGCCAACGCGCUCGCCGCAGUGGGUGGCUUCAUCGCCCUAGCGGUCGUAUUCGGCUUCGCCUACCUUAGCGACCGCACCAACCGUCGCGGAGGCACAGUCAUCGCAGCGCAAUUGUGUUACCUGAUUACCUUGAUUGUGGCUCGACAAGUCCACCCACACGUCGGAAAAUGGUCACGCUGGGGACUCUGGACUGCUGUUAAUAGCUUUGCUAUUGGGUACCACCCGAUACACAACUCGUGGGUACAGCUAAAUUGCCAAGAAGCAGGGGAGCGGAGUAUUGCCAUUGCCAUGUGGGUGAUGUCUGCUAUUUCAGGCUUGAUGGCAGGGACUCAAUACUUCCGUGCAGAUGAUACACCUUUCUAUCAAACUGGACUUCGGACGAUGGUCAUCCUAGUAUCUCUAGGCAUAGUCUCCGCAGCUUUACAGGUUAUAGUCUAUAUUGUGCUUAAUAGGCGGGUAGCGCAAGGAAAGCAUGAUGCAAAGGAUAUUAACAGGCCUGUAAUAUACACUCCCUAG